AAGCUCUAACUUACAGCUUUGCUUUUAAGUCAGCGCAGUGCUUCUCUGGACAAUGGUUAAACUUUCCUUUUGCCUCUUUCACAGACCGCGAGAAUCAGUCGAUCCUGAUCACCGGAGAAUCCGGUGCAGGGAAGACUGUGAACACGAAACGUGUCAUCCAGUACUUUGCAACAAUUGCAGCCAGCGGAGAUAAGAAGAAGGAGGAGCAGCCAGCGGGCAAAAUGCAGGGGACACUUGAGGAUCAAAUCAUCAGUGCCAACCCUCUGUUGGAGGCUUUUGGGAAUGCCAAGACUGUGAGGAAUGACAACUCCUCACGCUUUGGUAAAUUUAUCAGAAUCCACUUUGGUGCCACAGGCAAACUGGCUUCUGCUGACAUCGAAACAUAUCUGCUGGAGAAGUCCAGGGUCACUUUCCAGCUCAAGGCAGAAAGAAGCUACCACAUCUUUUAUCAGAUCAUGUCCAACAAGAAGCCGGAGCUAAUUGAAAUGCUGCUGAUCACCACCAACCCAUAUGACUAUCACUACGUGAGUCAAGGCGAGAUCACAGUGCCCAGCAUUAAUGACCAGGAGGAGCUGAUGGCCACUGAUAGUGCCAUUGACAUCCUGGGCUUCACUCCUGAUGAAAAAACAGCCAUUUACAAGCUGACGGGGGCUGUCAUGCACUAUGGCAACCUGAAGUUUAAGCAGAAGCAGCGUGAAGAGCAGGCAGAGCCAGAUGGCACAGAAGGUAUUAGCACAAUAUAUACUGAAACACUCGCUAAUACAGGCAGUAAUUCCUGUUCAGAGUCACUGACUCUGCCCACGGUUUUCCCCUGAUGCUCCUACUGCAGCGUAUAAGGAUGUCCUAAAUAGAGGUCUUCCGUGGAAGAACACAAGCCAGUGGGUGAUGCAGACUGCUUUGAACUACGCGAAUACAAGGGCCAGGGAAUCCUGAACCACAGUUCCUUGGCUGACAUAGUGACUAGUCAGGCAGAAGAAAGACAAGAUUGGCUGUUCUUCUGACUGGCAGCUUUCUAUGUCUGGCACAUAACCAAGAACCACUCCGCUCACUGACUUAAGUUUACAUACUCAGGCAGCUAUCUGUCAUUUGUCAUCAGUGGUAGUCACCUCCUGAAGUAGUUGUUUCCACAAAAAAAUAAGCCAGAAUCCUGACGCUGCUCUGCCCUGAAGCCUGUGUUCUGAAGGCAACUCUCAAUGCCUGCGGUGAAAGCAUUGUCCCAUUUUAAUUUACACAGGAGGUUAAAAAGGAACAGCAGUUAAUACUGCAGAUGUGGCUGUUACAUUUUCUGUUGAUUUUAAGCUGGUUUCCAGGGCUUCCAUUUGAAAAUCAGUCAGCUAACAUACACGUAUUGUGUUUCCUUUCCCUGAAACUGUUCAGGGUUUUAUUCC